AAAGCAUGUGGGAGCGGGUCGGGUGAUCAGAACCCUCGGCCCUGAGGCUGAACGUCUCCUCGGCCUAAGGUAGGGAAGUAGCGGCACGACUGAGCUCCAGCCGAGGAAUCGUUUACCUGGGGAUGUGUGUGAACGCCGGGGGCGGGGCUGCGGCGCGCCGAGACUGACUGCGCCUGCGUGGGUCCCAUCUCCCCCCCGCCCCUCCCCCGCUAGUUUCUGGAGGGGUGCGGUUACCUGGCUCGGUGUCUCCAAUUUCGUCCUCCAGUUUUUGGAUGUCUAAAGUUGGAUAUUCUACUUUUUUUUUGUCUACCCAUGAGAAUACAGAAGAAAAAUGUUCGCCCAACCCAAUUCUAGUAAAUUAGAUCUUGGAGACUAGUAUCUCAUCCUUACCAUUUAGUUUCUUAACUCUUGCCUUUUUGUAACAAUGUAUUGAAAAUGAUGUUCUUCGCAUUUUUAACACACAGUAGACAAUGAUUUUUUUCUUUUUUCGUUGUUGAGAAUGUUUCUCAUGAAGACUGACUGUGGGUGCCAUUUAUGAGUACGGAGAUUAAGAGUGAAGCACUGCGCUUGGUUUAUGGAAGAGUUUUCAAAAGCAAAGAAGACAAAAAUUUAAGGAACAUCUGUUAAAACGAAAAUCACUUUUGACAUACAAACAGGAAAAUCAGAUUUCCAGUAAUAGAGUGAUGACAUCUGAAGACCAGGUCCAACAAGGGACAAAACUUCUGAAACGUAAAACAAAAAUGGCUGAUAAAGAAAAUAUCAGAAGACAUUCAGAAAGCACAAAUACAAUGGAAAAGAAUUGUAUUCUCUUAAAGGCUUCUAAUGAAUUAACUAAUUCUACUACCACAACUGAAACACAUAAUUUUGAGAAUGAUAAUCAGACUCUGCAGUUGUUACCAAUUAAAAAUGAUUCCCAAAGUCAAAAUGUGACAUUAAGCCAGGCAUUUCAUCAUAGAAAUAAUGGUAAAAAGAAACAGAUGACUGCAGAAAAACCAAAGCAAGAUGCUAGCAUAUUCAAGAAACCUGUGCUAGGAUGUUAUCGUGGCCAAAUUGUUCAGUCUAAAGUAAAUUCAUUCAGAAAACCUCUACAAGUCAAAGAUGAGCAUUUUGCAACAACAAAGAAACUUUCAACUACUGUCUCUAAAGGCACAAAGUCUAAGUGUAUGAACACCAGCAGUGUAACAAUACAAAGUGAUAGAGCCCCAAAUACGACCACUACCACUAAAUUUAUGGGCACUACAUCUCAGAACACACAACUUGCACGGCCUCCCAUUAGAAGCCACAGUAACAACCAGAACAGGGUAAAACAAGACAUCAACAGAACCUCUGCCAAUGUCACAUUCCAAAAAAGGCCUUCUGAAAAAGAACUAUUACAAUCAAAAAUAGAUCUGUCUAGUGUCAAAACCAGUUCCCAGGACACAAAAAGUAAGCCGUUACAGUCAAAAUCAGUUCUACCUUGUGUCAAAACCACUUCUCAGGACAUAAAAAGAAGUAAGGCAUUAUUCCAAAACAUAUCAUCUGAACCUGUAGCCAGACCACUUUCAUUUGCUGUGACUAAAGUGACAGAAAAGUCAGAAGCCAUUGACCAGCGAAGACAUACCAUAGCAAAAACCACUGUGGAUAGAUCAGCUCAGCCCAAGGAAACUGCAGAAGAGAGAAGAGCUCGUCUGAGUGAGUGGAGAGCCAGCAAAGGAAGAGUGCUGAGGAGGCCUCCUACCUCAGUCGUUACGCAGCCUGAGCCGGAGAGACAAAAUGAAACUCCAGUUAGGUCCUUUUGGACUACCAUGGCAGAAGAGGAUGAACAAAGAUUAUUUACUGACAAAGUCAACAGGACAUUUUCUGAAUGCCUGAAUCUGAUUAAUAAGGGAUGCCCAAAAGAAGAAAUAAUGACCACACUGAAUGACCUGAUUAAAAAUAUCCCAGAUGCUAAAAAACUUGUUAAAUAUUGGAUAUGCCUCAUACGUAUUGAAUCAAUCACAAGUCCUAUUGAAAAUAUUAUCUCAAUCUAUGAGAAGGCUAUUCUGGCAGGAGCUCAGCCUAUUGAAGAGAUGCGACAGACAAUUGUAGAUAUUAUAACAAUGAAGAAUCAAGAAAAACGUAAGUAUGGAGAAAACAUUGAAGAUGCUGAUAGAACUGAGGAACAAAUCCAAGAAAUUAACACUGAGGAUACAGGUGUUAAUCUAGAACCAAGAAAACCAGAAGUAGAAAAUAAGCAUAAUAGAAAUGUGGUAUUUCAAGACUGUGAAAAACAGCAAGAUGACAGAACAAAAGAUCCAGCUGACAGUUUUAAAACCCCUGAUACAGAAAAUAGAUCAAGUUGCUUAAUUAAAUAUAAUAUAUCUACUACACCAUACUUGCAAAGUAUAAAAAAGAAGAUGCAACUCGAUGAAACAAAUUCUGCAUUUAAAGAGCUAAAGUUUCUAACACCAGUGAGACGUUCUCGACGUCUUCAAGAGAAGAUUUCUAAAUUGCCAGAUAUGUUAAAAGAUCAUUAUCCUUGUGUAUCCUCACUGGAACAGUUAUCAGAGUUAGGAGGUGAAUCUGAUGCUUUUGUAUGUCGCCCUAAUGUAGCACUGUGCCCUGUAUUCACCGAGGCUGAUAUUGCAGAGGAGAAAUAGAAUUCCAGGAAGGAGUGAGGGAUUUUAUUAUUUCUUGGGGUGUUUUGUUUGUGUGGCUUGAUAGUUCCCUUGAACCUGGAGUUGGCCAGGUACCUAACUAUUCAUGGAAGUAAGAGCCUAUAUUGACAUGCAUAUCACAGGAGCUGUUCAUCUGUGUAUGGGAAAUGAAUCCUAUCAAGUCAGUAUCAACAGACUGAGUUUUCCUUUUAAGAUAAGUAAAUUUUAUCAGUUUUUUUAACCAUGUUCCUUAAAAAUAAAUAGGUUUGUUAUAAUGUUACCUUGUUUACUUUAUUAAAUGUAAGUAUAGUAACGAUGCAUCAUCAGAAAAUGAGGUAUUCUAGAUAAAAGUUUUAUUACAUGAGCAUUUUUCAUAAAAAUUGUGAUACACUUCCCUGCCUUUAAACAAAAUACUAACAAUUCUUUUUUUGCCUUGAUUUGAUUAGUGUAAAAAUGAAAAUUUAUGUCCGAGAGCUAGGCAUAGUGAAAUAAGCUGGUAAUCCUAGCACUAAGAAGGCUGAGGCAGGAAAAUUGUGAGUUCAAGGCCAGCCUGAGUUA